AGGAGACACCGAAGGAGUCAUAGAAGGAGGGAUGGAGGGAGUGUGAGUCCUCGCGGAUCCUCCGGUAUUUGGGGAGUCAUGACGUCUCAGGAAGAGGCAUCGUCUUUUAGGAGGUUUUUCCAAUAUGUGGAGGACAGCGGCCUUCGAACCUACGAUGGUCUGGUGAUCCAGAAUGCCUCUGACAUUGCCAGGGAGAGCGACCGCAUUCGCAACCAGACCAACUGGACCUACCUGCAGGAGAAACACCAGAAGAAGAGACGGCAAGAAGAAGCCAUCAAGAGGAUUGGUGAAGAUGUUGCCAGGGCAACGGACGGGGCAUACUCCGGGAAACAUUUCAGGAUGGGUUUCAUGACGAUGCCAGCCCCGCAAGACCGGAUCCCUCCACCCAGCCAGGGCUUCACUGUCCGCUCGCAGUCCCUCCACUCAGUGGGCAGUGGCGAUGAUGACGCUAACCAUAACCGAAAACACCCACCGCCAAAACCUAAGAGAGACCCCAACACCAAGCUGAGCAGCAGCUCGGAGACAGUCAACGGAGGCUCGGCAGUCGCCAACAGGCCCAAAGAAACCAAUGAGAUGCCGGAGCAGGCUGAAGCUCGAUGUCCCUACUUGGAGGACUCUAGGAAGAUGCCUCCCCCGAAACCCAAAAGGAACCCGAACACACAACUCAGCACCUCCUUUGAUGAGUCUUACAUCCGUAACCACGGCAACAAGAAAACUUCCUCACGACGGGACAAAGCGUCCUCCCAAAGCCAGAGUCCGGCAUCCAGAGACACGGAUGAUGAGGAGCCAGUCUACAUUGAGAUGGUGGGACACGUCCUGCAGGAGCUGAAAGGUUCAGAUCCCGGGGGGGCUGAGCCAAGCGAGGCAGUCUACGAGGAGAUGAAGUUCCCAGUGCUGGAGGACUUCCUGCAGGACUCCAUCAUGGACCCCGAGUCCUGCGACAUCCCCCCACCGUUCCCCAACCUCCUGACACCCCGGCCCCCACUGCUCGUCUUCCCCCCUGCCCCCGCCCAGUGCUCCCCUCACUCCCCGGAAUCCCCCCUGACCCCGCUGGAUGUCACUCGGCUGCCCGCACUGGAGAACGCCCCCUACAGCAAGGCGGGGGGGCCCGAACCCCCGCAGAACUCCGCCCCCCACCGCAGGGACCGGGACCUGCCAUCCACUCACACCAUUACAUCAUCAGGUCGCUCGUCGGCUCCGCCCCUCCCCUCCGCCCUCUACAAGUCGUCUGGCUCUGCCCACAGCGGACACGGUUACCCUCGCAGCCAAUCAGCAUGCCCGUCUCCGGUGAGCAUGGGGCGCUGUCUGACACCUCUGAGCCUGAAGAGGCCACCUCCCUACGAUGCUCUGAUGCCCCGCCUGUCCUCACACCGCGCCCAGGAGGGUGGGGCUAAGCUCAGUAACUCCUCCUCCACCCAUGGCUCCAUGCAGAACGUGUCGAUGAGGUCACAGACGCCGACGAGCCCAUUGGACGAGCUCAACAACUUGUUUACCUCCGGACGACUGAAGAAAGGCUCUGGAGGCCGGAGGAGUGAAGGAGACUCCAGGUCUCUGCCCAGACAUGACAGUAAGGACAGAGACAAAGACGGACAAUCGAGUCCUGUUUCUAGCAGGAUGGGGAGGUCAUCGGUCAGCCCAACCAUGAUGCUGGCUGGAGGAGGAGGAGAAUCAAAGCCUGUGUGUAAACUUGGCCGCUCAGCAUCCACAUCAGGAGUUCCUUCACCAGGUGGAACGCCACAACGUCAGCCACACGAGCCACACCACCCCGUCCUCAGCCAGAUGCCAUGGCUCUGCGGAGAUGCCACCAUGAUGGAGAUGAUUGAGAAGAAAAGAGUUCUGUGUCGGGAGAUCAAAGCUCGCCAGCGGCCUGAGAAGAACCUCUGUAAACAGGACAGCAUGCCCAUCCUACCCAGCUGGAAGAGGAAGCAGCCGCCGCCAUAUUCAGCCCCGCCCACCACCGUUGCCGGGCAAUCAACUACGGUGUUCUGGGACACCGCCAUCUGAACAUGAUGCAGUCAAC